AGACGCCAUUUGAUUAUUAGUAUCUUUUACAGAAAAAAAAUUACAAACCGCAAACGCAGAGUAAACAAACGACGCCGGAGAUGGCCGCCACUUCGACAGCCGCCGCUGCUUCUUCAAUCAUGGGUACACGGGUGGUUUCCGACAUCCACUCUGGUUCAGGCAGAUUCACUGCCCGGUUCGCAUUCGGAACCAAGAAAGCCGCUCCCAAAAAGGCUAAGACGGUUAUCUCAGACCGGCCUUUAUGGUUCCCAGGUGCAAAAUCCCCUGAGUAUCUCGACGGUUCGCUGGUCGGAGACUACGGGUUCGACCCUUUCGGUUUAGGUAAACCGGCGGAGUACCUCCAGUUUGAUCUGGACUCCCUGGACCAGAACCUCGCCAAGAACUUAUACGGAGACGUGAUCGGGACACGUACCGAGGCGGUGGACCCCAAAUCGACGCCGUUUCAGCCCUACAGUGAAGUCUUCGGGCUCCAGAGAUUCAGAGAAUGUGAGCUGAUUCACGGUCGGUGGGCAAUGCUCGCCACCCUUGGCGCUCUCACCGUCGAAUGGCUCACCGGUGUUACUUGGCAAGACGCCGGCAAGGUCGAGCUAGUGGAUGGGUCGUCUUACUUAGGGCAACCAUUGCCUUUCUCCAUCUCGACAUUGAUAUGGAUCGAAGUGUUAGUGGUAGGCUACAUUGAGUUCCAACGAAACGCU